AUGGCCUCCAAACGAUCGCGACAGGCCUUCGAGGCCGACCUCCAAAAACAAUCUUCACCUUUUGUUCUGUAUGGAACACCUCUGCCUCCCCUAGAUGAGAAUACUCGAGAUGAUGGGUCUUUUGUGCCAGUGUGGAAGCAGGAGGUCACAGACGAAAGAGGGAGGAAACGCUUGCACGGUGCCUUCACAGGAGGUUUCAGCGCCGGAUACUUUAAUACCGUAGGCUCCAAAGAAGGAUGGACUCCUUCCUCCUUUGUAUCGUCCAGACAGAACCGCGCAAAGGCUGCACAAAAUAGGCAAACCCAAAGACCUGAGGAUUUCAUGGACGAAGAAGAUUUUCGCGAGGCUGAAGAAUCACGCACACUGAACACCUCCUCAGAAUUUGCGGGGUUUGGCACGGAGCACGAUACUCUGCGAAAGACCGCCGCCAUUGACAUCUUUCGACCGUUGAACGAAACUAUAGGGUCAAAACUGCUCAAGCGAAUGGGCUGGAGGGAAGGUCAAGGCAUUGGCCCUCGAGUUCGACGAGUAGCAAAAGUUGGCGACGAAGAGGCGGAGGACGAAGAAGAGCCUGCGCAGACACAUCUUUUUGCUCCAGAUGAUGUGCAGGUGGUAUCAUACACGCGAAAGUCAGACCAUAAAGGCCUGGGAUAUAUUGGAGACUUGCAGGCCCAAAAGGAGUCGUCAGGUCGAAGCAUCUCAACAACAAAUCCCGGGUCUGGGUCUGCUGGCGAAGCUUCAGAUGAAGAGGGGACUGCUUCACUGUUCGCUCCCAGGAAGAAACCAGCACAUGCAAGAAGAAGGACAGGACUUGGUGUUGGAGUCCUCAAUGAUGAUGACUCCGAUGAGGAUCCGUAUUCCAUGGGCCCCAAGAUAUCAUACCACAAGAUUAUUGCAGGCGAAAAGAUGCCAAAGUCCAAAACAAAGAGGUCAGGAGGCGCUGCAAACCCUCUUGUAAAGGCCAAACCCACAUUUAUUUCCAAAAAAUUGGCAACCUUGAAGGGAAUCAUGAGGAAGUGCCACGAUGGGCGAUUACCCCUGGACGGCUUUGUCUUGACAGAUGAACUAGAUUCACUGGGCUCAAUGACCAUACAGGACGAGAAGUACAAACCCCCAGAGGUCCCUGAAGACUGGAAAUCAUCCAUUUCGCCGGCCGCGGAAGCAGGCGCUGUAUGCACGACUGUCUCGACAGCAGAGGCAGCGAGGUCGUCGAAUCUUACGGCCAAAGCCCGUGCAUCGCUGUUAGGCGAGUCACAACUUCCAGGAAAGUCGAUAUUUGACUUUUUAACACCUGCUGCUCGUAAUCGCGUGGCUGCUGCAUCAGGUCGCCAAAACCUUCCCGCGGCUGGGAGUGAACACCCAUCAAAUGCUAAUAAGUCAUCUGAAUCUCAAACAAAUGACCCCCAGCUUAUGAUUCCCCAGCUGGACCGGGAAGUUGCGCUCCAGGCCCUGAAUCGCGCAGUUGGUGGCUGGAUGCCAUAUGCAGAGGAUGAAAACAAAAGAUCAAGAUAUCGAACUUUUCUCGAGAUUCACGCUGGACACAGACCGGCCGAGGAGGUGCCUCCGCAGGCAAACAACAUGAAGCGGGAGGAAUGGAUUCUAGAGAUGCAAGAGUUCGCGCGGGCUGCGGAGGUGUUUAAGCCCAUUAGCGGCUUGAUGGCUGCCCGUUUCACCUCUUCAUCGUCUUCCCCUCAAGGUCAGGAUGGCAAAUCGGCCGACACGGCCACAGAUUCGUUAUUGAGCAAGCCACAGGCAAGGCCAGAAGAUCCUGCAGAAUCGGCCGCCAAACUCGGAAUGUUUGGUCCCAUGACACGGUCUGUCAUCAAUUUCUACCCUACCAGGCUUCUCUGUAAGAGAUUCAAUGUGCAAAUGCCGGCGCACUCAGGGGAAGGUAGUGGUGGAAGUGCAACUGCGUCUAGUUCUGGCGAAGCCGGCUUCGCGGCGUCGCAAUUCAAGUCCUUUGGAUCUGCGACAUCUCGUCAUGACCACGGUCCAGAAGCCGGCAGAAACCCAGUCGAUAUCCGAACGAGCGAGCCGUCGAUUGCAGCAAUGGUCGAGAGCCGGCAUACUGCGCUCGAUCCGGAAAGAAACGAAGCGCUCGAGCAGCAACGGCCUGGGCAAGCUGUGUUCAAAGCCAUUUUUGGUAGUGAUGAUGAAGAGGAUUAG